CGGAGUCAAGCUCCACAUGCCUCGCCCUUUCUGCGAGACGCUUUUGCGCACGAAGCAUUCGCUUUUGCUCGUGGUUUCGAUUCGUCCCGGAUGUGAAUCUGAGCUCCUUUUCUGCCCAUGAAUCGUUACAUUUUCGCUGCAUGUGCGACCCAUCGCCCAUGUGGCUCUCUUAAUAAGAAUAUGGCAGUGUGCUCUUAGACUGGUUGUGAGAUCAGAUGGACCUGCCUGCUGAAGCUGCUCAUGGCUGACUGCCAACAUUACUUGAAGCCGUGUACGUGCAAUCGGUUCAUCAGUUCAGCCAGCUGAGAGAGACAGGGAGAAAUUGAAGUAGGAGGAGGAGAAGAGGGCGGGAUUUGAUUGACAGCGCUCGCACGUUUUCGAUUUGACAUCUAUCGGAACGAAACUGCACUUGCCCCGAGAUGAUACGAUGACUGACGAGAGCUUCAAGGUGUCUAAGCCGAUGUAAAUUGGAGGACUCUCAGCUCUCUAAUUCAAGGACCAGCUUGCAUGCUUCGAAUCUCGUCAGUGCUUAGUCAGAGCCAGCAGUGUCGCUGAACUCGGGACCGAGGAGAGAUGGCCAGCUAUUCCAUAGCAAUCGCGGUCAGUGCAGUUUUGGGUGCAGCUACGGUGCUGUUGCUGUGUACGCGAGAUUUUCUCAGUUACUGGCUUUACGUGAGGCCCCUGAAGCUGAAUGCCACGGGAAGCAAGCUGCCGCCGGGCUCGUUAGGAUGGCCCUUCUUUGGCGAGAUGAGAGAUUUUCUCAAGUGCUUCAAGAAUCAAAAGCCGGACCUGUUCGUGCAGGCGCGAGAAGACAGAUAUGGCAAGGCUGGUCUGUACACCACAAGUAUGUUUGGAGUUCCGUCCAUUAUGGCGACUAAGACCGAGACGCUGAGAUUUCUGUUGAAACGAGAUGAUGUCUUCGGGCCUGGAUGGCCAUCAAUGUCCGCGAUCAUGGGGAAGCAUUCCGUUGUAUCAGUCACGGGCGAGUUGCACAAGAGCUUGCGCCGCUACUUGUUCGACGCCAUCUCUAGUCCUCAAGGGAUGAGGCUAGCCAUCCCUCACCUGGACGCGUCGAUGAGGUCGAACUUGAAGCAGUGGGCAGAUCAAGGGAGCAUCAACAUCAGGGAAUGCACUCGGAACCUCACGUUCUACAACAUCGUGGAUAAUUUCCUGAGCAUGAAGCCUUCUCCUGAAGUCGAUGCAAUCCAGCGAGACUACGGCAUGUACAUGGACGGGAUCCGGGCAAUUCCUGUCUACCUUCCGGGAACAGCUCAUUACAGGGCUGCCAAUAGCCGACGAAGACUUAAGGGAAGAUUCCAAGAAAUCAUAGACACUCGCCGAGCAGCCAAUGUCCACCACAAUGACUUUCUUCAAUCUUUGAUGGAUGCACGUAGUGCUGAUGGAGAGCCUCUCACUGAUGAACAGCUCACGGAUAACCUGAUCUCGCUCAUGCUAGCGGGCUAUGAAUCCUCCGCGUAUUCGAUGAUGUGGGUACUGAUUCUGCUAGCGAAACAUCCGGAAUGUCUUGCCAAGCUAAGGGCGGAGCAUAACCAUAUCAAAGAGAGAAUAGGAGAAUCUCAACUCUCUUUGGAAGAUACGAACUCAAUGAAGUACACCCACAAGGUGAUUGAUGAAACUCUGAGGCUGGUCAACGUUGCGCCCAUGGUAUUCCGGACUGUUCUUCAAGAUGUUACUUAUAAAGGUUACCUGAUUCCGAAAGGGUGGAAGGUCAUGCCCUGGUUAAGAGCCCCGCAUAUGGAUCCCGAUUGCUUUCCAGAACCCGAGAGAUUCAACCCGGAUCGUUGGGAUGCCAAAGACGUAAAUCAUGAAGCUUUCAAUCCUUUCGGAGGUGGCAUCAGAACGUGUGUAGGAAAUCAGUUUGCCAGGCUCCAGGUUUCCAUGUUCCUACAUCAUCUUUCACUGGGAUACAGGUGGGAGCUCUUGAAUCCAGAUGCUAAGGUCGAUCAUUUACCUCAUCCCAGACCUUCGGAUGGAGGGCCGAUGGUCUUUAGCACCUUAUAGAAUAGCGCUGUUUCCUAUCGAAGGUUGGAGGUUUAGAAGAUCGUUGACAUUUCACAUUCAACCUGUCACUUGUAAAGAUGUCGCCAAUAAUCCUCAAAUCUUGAGGACUCAAGAACAAACUCGUAAUUCAUGUAAUAUAGUCCUUCGCACAUUUCCACUUGUUCCUUAUAUUUACUGCCAAUAUGACCCUCAGGGAACCUGAUGAAUGUGGUCUGUAGAAAUCAAAACAAGAAAUCUACAUAUUUCGAGUUUUGCAAGUGCAUCUAUUCGGUAUAAGUUAUCCAAUUGGGCGAUGCAUGGGGUAACAAGCACGAUGUUUGGGCGGGCCAUCGCAAAGAAAACCGAGGUCCAGCCCAGAGGCAAAGGGAGGAGUUUCGAAAGCGAGCUUCUCGAAUUUUUUAGACAUCUGUCCUGCAAGCUCAUGCUUGCUAGACACUUGCGCCUUAUUCCAAAUCAGUUACAGCAUUAAGACAAGUAUCGUUAAUUCAACUGCCACCAGAGUAUAGACAUACAUAUAUAUAUAAACUCACACUCUGACAUACUUAUAUUUCAAUGAUCGUGCGGACAUUUCUGCUCCCAACAUUUUCACCCAGAAUCAUCUGUUUCGAAGAGUUAAGUUGAGCAAGAGGUGGAGCUCGGAAAGGGCGGAUUUUAAUGUAGACAAACAAUGUGACAGUGC